UCAAAACGCACUAACAUUGCAGAUACGCACGAACAAAGAAGUUUUAUCGGUGUUAACACACAGUCCAUUUACUAUGAGCUCACACGUAUAGACUUUUAUCUAAUGCAUCCGGUAGCUUAGUCUGUCUGUGGCAAUAGUGAAGGAACAACGAAACUGUUUAUAAGAAUGAAUGCAAAAAUUGAUACCGAGAAAAAUGUACGAUGCGCUUCGGAUAAAGACAAAUGGGGAUACGUGGUGUGUUUUGGUACUAUUAUUACAUUUAUCGCUGGCAUCGGCCACGUGAACUCGUUUGGCUUGAUAUACAAGGAUUUUAUAAUUGAGACAAAUUCAAAUGCCAAAUCCUUAACAACAGCUCACGGGGUAUUUUCUAUGAUGUUAGCAAUAGGAGGUUUAACUUUGAACGUGAUGUCCAAGAGUUAUGCUUUAAGAAUCGGAGGUUGUAUCGGAGCUUUCUUCGUAACGAUGGGCUCAUUUCUAACAAUAAUCAUAACAAGUGCAAAUCAACUUCCCUUUACAUUUGGGUUACUUCAGGGUAUUGGUUUCGGAAUGAUGGUCCCUGUUUGUUACUCAACUUUAAACCAUUACUUUGUGAAGAAGAGAACUCAAGUGAUGAGCUUAAUAAAAGCGACGCAAGGAGUCAUUUUAAUUUGGUAUCCUCAACUAAUAAAAAUGAUAUUAUCAAAUUACGGAUUCAGAGCAACCUUACUCAUUAUAAGUGGAAUAUCUUUACAUACUUUUCCAGGAAUGUCUACAAUGGUAACAAAUUUUACGAAAACACGAACAGCAAAUCAGCUAGAAGUAACGAAGGAAAGAGAUGAAAAUGUUGAUUUACUACAUGAUCAUAAAAUAAGCAAUGUCUCGAAUGAAAAUAAUACAUUUGAUAAGAAAAAGUCAAUAACCACACUGGGAAAGAAUUUCUUGGAAAUUUUAAAUGUAAAAACUUUAAAAGAUCCCGUCUUCUGCAAUUUAUGUAUUGGACAAAGUUUUGUUAAUUUCUCCGAUAUGAUAUUUUUCAUCUUACAACCGAUGCUUUUAUAUCAAUAUGGAUUUGAUACGAAUGAAGUAGCGGCGUGUAUAUCAAUCAGCGCCGGCGCAGAUGUCGCGGGUCGUUUUGGUCUUGCAUUUUUAAGCAGUAUCAUCAAUGUAAACACAAGAUUACUGUUCUUCGUGGCAACAUUAUUAACUCUUACAGCUAGAAUAGUAAUUCUUCAUGUACGCCAAUUUGUAUGGGUCGCUGUCGUAACGAGUCUUUUGGGUUUACUUCGGGCAUGGCUGCACGUAACUAGCCCACUCGUCAUCUCGAACCACGUAGCCCAUAAAGAUUUCACAGGAGCCUACGCGCUAUUCAUGCUAGCCACUGGCUUGGUUAAUAUCGUCUUCUCCCCAUUUAUUGGGAUGCUGAAAGACGUAUAUCAAGAUUACAUACCAGCGUUCUACGCUUUGACAGUAUGCUGUCUGCCAUGUUUAUUGUUAUGGUCCCUGGAAUAUUACAUAUAUAGAAAUAAAGAACACAACUCAAAUCCAAUCCAUACUGUCUAGAUGUCAUCAAUAAAAUACUGCAAAACAACAUUAAAAUAUUAUGAACUAUAUUAUUAAGCUCGUGACUAGGUUACGAUAUAUUGUUUAAGAUAAAAUUGUAUAAUACCCAAGGCUAGAACAACAAUGUUUCUGUACAUAGACGUUACUACGAGGCUUAAAAUGUAUUAAAAUUUACUAUGAUAUAAUAUGUUAAACACGUUAUGCGUCUGUAAAUAAUAC